UGUGUGGCGGACGAGGUCAGCACCAGAUUCGCCAGACGCCGAGCGGCGGCGGUGUGGAGCCUGUCAUUCCUGGGGAUCAGCUAACUCCACCUCGUUCUUUGGUGUUUCUGUAUUUUUCUCACGCCUACCACUCAGGAUGAACCCGGAGCCGAGGCAGCGGCAGGAGAACUUAUUCACCGAUGCAACCCAAAGUGUGGAAGAGGACCCACUAAUAGACCAUUGCCUCCUUUAUGGCGAUGCUGUUGUUGGUGAUAUGCGAGCUCAUUUCAAAGGUGUGCCAACAGUCUGUUGGGGAAUUCUGUUAGCAUUUCUGCAUGUUGCUUUUGUAGUUUUGGCAUUCCUUUUGGUCUUUUUGUGUGAAACACCACCAGCUGACCUUUGCAGAAGUGUCCUUGGGUCCUUCAAAGCUGUGACCAUUAUAACAAUUACAAAAGUUAUCCUUUGGGCUGUCUAUGCUGCCUUUGAAUAUUACUUGCAAGUUCAGCAUUCCAAGUUCAGAACGAGAGGCUAUCUGGAAUUGUACCGCUCCAUUAGGCAUCUGAAGCGUCUGCCGCUACUUAUUCAUUCUGCAGGAAAUGCAACAUUCUUAGUACUUUUUGUACUGAUUCAGCUUGAACUGGAAAGUCUGGUGAUAUACUUCAUUCUUGGAGUCCUGACAGUGGAGCUUUUCUUUUCUUCAGUAUGCCUCAUCAUUUACACAGUAAAGAUUAUAAAGUUCAAUCAGUUGAAACCAUGUCCUGACAUCCAAGAGGAAGAGCGAAGGCAUCGAUAUCCGAACCUCACUAAUGUUCUCUCAGAGACUGGAUUCAGCUCUGAUGCCCAGUGGUUGCAGUGUGCACUGCAGAAAUUCACCAAAGAUCCACACAGCACCUUCUAAACUCAUGACCACUUCCAUCCAGAAGGACAAGAGAGAUGCUGAUCCAUCCAUACAGGUACAUGGAAACACUAUCAUGUGCAAGUACCCCUCCAAGCCACUCACCAUCCUGACUUGGCCGCUGUUCCUUCACUGUCACUGGGUUUAAAUCCUAGAAUUCCCUCCCUAAGGGCAUUGUGGGCCUACCUACAGCACAUGGACACUAGUGUUUGAAGUAGGCAGCACAGUACCACUUUUUGAGGACAACUGGUGGAGGGCAACAAAGACUGACCAGCCAGGGAUUGCCUACACAGUAUAAUCAGAGGAAUCUUUGAUACUUUUUUUCUUUCUGAUGACCUGGUGGUAUUAUCAUUGCACUGUUAAUCCAGCGAUCCAGGUAAUGUUUUGGACUUUGGCUCAAAUCCUGCCACGCCAGAUGGUGGAAUUCGAAUUCAAUGAACAUAUGGCAUUAAGAUUCUAAUGAUAGCCAUGAAUCCAUUGUUGAUUGUUGGAAAAUCACAUCUGGUUUGGUAAUCCCCUUUUUAAGGGAAGGUAACUGCCAUCCUUACCUAGCCUGGCCUUUAUUUGACUCCAGACCCACAGCAAUGUAGUCGACUCUGAAUUCAACGUUUUAAGGAUGGGCAAUAAAUGAUAGCCUAACCAAUGAUGCUCACAUCCCUUGAAUGAAUUUUUAAAAAGAGACAUUGAAACAGAUGAGGCUACAAAUAUUGCUAGGUGCACAUCAGCCAUGCAUGACUAGGAACACUACCAAUGGAAUAGCAACUGUCUGUUUGUUUGUUUUUUUUGGUGGGAGGUUGUGGGCGGAAGGCACUGCUCACUGUGUGCAGGACAAGGCAGGGACAAACUUGAGCUUUGGCUCCAUUGCUUUUUAAAAAUAAAUUGCAAUGUCCAGAACUCUGCCUUUUGCAUCCCCUUCAUCCAAAGAGUUUAUUCUCCCAUUUUCCUAGACAUGAGCAUUUUUGAUAUCUAUCUGGUUAUAGUCCAAUUUGAAGUGUUCUUGUCUGUAUUUUCAUUUUGUUAAAGGUGCUAUAUAACUAAAUUGUUACUUGGUUGUAAUGCUCUUCACUGUUAGAGGGCUUUAUGCAGCCUGUGUUAGAAAGCCAUUGUCCAUCACUUUGAAAUGGACACUUGAAUGAGAAUGAAAAGCUCCUGACUGGCUUAAAGGCUCAAACUGAAAUGACCAAACAAUCUCAACUCUUAUCCUGAGGGUUUGUGGGUAGCUUCAAAAUCUCAUUAGGGUGUCAUGAUGGAGAUGGAAAUGGAAAAGAAACAUAAUUUGGAGGCAAUACAAUUUUUGUUUUUCUUAAUCAGAAAAGCAUCCAGGCAGAUGAAGAGAUAGUAGGAAGAGAAGAUGCUCGAGAAUCUUCUCCGUGUGUAUUUGCUAUAUCUGAUCUAUUUACAGAUGCAUUCUGGUCACUGGCAUACAGUUGCUGCUGACUGGUGUCACUGGGGCCAUCUGCAAAUACGUGGGUUUUGACAGUCAGUUUUGGCCACAUUUGACAUUGUGAGCACAUAGGGCCUUGGAUUAAUAUUUGCUGUACAGUGGUUAUAAAAUUCCCCAUUUCACCAUUUCAAAGCCUAGAAGAGUUCACCUAGUGCGCUGGCCAGUAGUUAUCCCUCAACCAACAACAGUAAACGGAUUAUGUAGUAAUUUAUCUCAUUUUAUUGCUUGUGAAACUUUGAGUAUAAGUUUCCUGUGGUGGUUAGACUUUGAAAAAUGCUUCCUUGCAUUAUAAAAUGCAUUGAAAUGUUACCUAAUGAAAUGCACCAUUUAAGUGUAACUUCUUCAAAUUUGACACAAAUAAGUUUGCAUCGUACAACAAUCUUGUAAAGCUGU